ACACAAAAUGAAGCCAUUUUGCAAAUAUAAUUUUUGGAGCUGAACUAACACACCCUCCUUCACUCAGUAGCUAGGGAACACAUUACACCAGAAAACUUAACUUGAACGUGAGGAAGGGUGUAGAAAUGCUGCGACUGUAACAGACGAGGAGGAGAGAGAGGACUAGAGAGGAGGAGGAGGAGAGAGAGGACUAGAGAGGAGGAGGAGAGAGAGGACUAGAGAGGAGGAGGAGGAGAGAGAGGAGACGAGAGAGAGGAACAGACAGUCAGAGGACCAGUAUGGACUAUGACAGAAGGGGGGGUCGGGGAGACCGCAUGGGUCGCUAUGGCAACAACAGCUCCUCCGACCACGACUACCGAGACAUGGAUUACCGGGGCUACGGACCGGAAGAGGCGGAGCUGGGGACAGGAUAUGACCUCAGAGCCGGUGCCGGCCGCAGCGACAAAGCUGACCAACCGGCGGGCGUCCGGGAGUUCACGACACCGGCACGUUUCCACGACCAACGGCCAGGGUUCCGUCAGAGGGGUGGUCGGGGCGGUAAAGGGUUCCCAUCGCCCUGCGCCCCUCGAUCCCUGGUCUUACCCCUGCCAGAGGUAGCCCUGCCCAGGCUGCAGAGAGAGGAGAGAAUGGGAGAGGCAUCCAGGAGAGACUCUCAGAGCUUCAGGCCCAACUCAGAGGGUAGAGGAAGGGGGGGAGGAGGUAGAGGGGGAGGAAGAAGAGGAAGGGGAUACCCUGAGAACAAUGCCUCUCACCUGGGGGAGAGAGAGGGAGACUGGGGUAGGAUGGAAGGAGGUGUCACCCCUGCUGGACAGGAGGAGUACAGCACCCUGAGAGGAGGACCAGGGGAGGAGGACAUGUUCCUCAGGGGAGGAGGACAAGGGAAGCAGGAGAGGUUCCUCAGAGGAGGAAGACCAGGGGAGGAGGAGAGGGGGGAGGAGAGGUUCCUCAGGGGAGGAGGACCAGGGAAGAGAAAGGGUUUCUCCGUGGGCUCUCCAGAGGAUGACUGUGGUGGUGGUGGCAAGGGCCCGGGGCUGCUAGGGGAGGGGCUAGGGGCCGGUCCUGGGGAUCCAGACCCCCCCUCUUCAGUAGUAGAGGACCCAGAGCAGAGAGAGCUGAUGGAGUUCAGACCAGACCUUCUGGACCAGAACCAACGACCAUCCAACAUCAUCAUGUUACGCAUGCUGCCACCCAACGCUACCGCCAACGAGAUACGUACCCAGCUCCAGGACCAGGGGAUUGAUCCGACAGAGGUUCUGAUUCGCCUGAUGAGGAACAAGUCUUCAGGUCAGAGCCGUGGAUUCGCCUUCGUGGAGUUUAAUCACAUACAGGAGGCCUGCCGCUGGAUGGAGACCAAUCAGAGGGUUUUGUCUAUCCUAGGCCAGAGGGUGUCUAUGCACUACAGUGACCCUAAACCACGCGCCAACGAGGACUGGCUCUGUAACAAGUGUGGGGUUCAGAACUUCAAGAGGAGAGAGAAGUGCUUUAAAUGUGGUGUUCCUAAAGCAGAGGCAGAGCUGAAACUGCCCCAGCUGAGGGAGUUACCUCUGGGUGUGCAUCAGAAGGACGGCUUAUUGCCCCUCCCUGCUCUCUACCAGCCAGCUGCUACCACCUCUACUGCCGUCACCAAUCCCAGACCUGGGGGCAGGGCUGGGGCAGGAGGAGCUGACACACAGCAGGCUGAGGUGGCCAACGACACUCUGAUCCUGAGGAACCUGGGUCCCCAUACCUCCCUGGAGUCCAUCCUGUCCACUCUGGCUCCCUUUGCUACUCUGUCGCCUUCUAAUGUUCGACUGAUCAAAGAUAAACAGACACAACUCAACCGGGGCUUUGCUUUCCUACAGCUGUCUACUAUAGUGGAAGCAUCUCAGCUUCUCCAGAUCCUCCAGGCCUUACAGCCAGCUCUCUCUAUAGAUGGGAAGGCCAUCGCCGUGGAGUUCGCCAAAGGAUCCAAACGGCGCCAAAGGUCAGUGGGGAAAAAGUUGUGGUGGUGGACUACUUUCUGGACGACGAUCGUGCCAUACAAUGCUGAUUCUCUCACUCUGGAAAAUAACACGUUUUUUAAAUCAGUGGAACGCAACAGGACAAACAAGCUGUGCAAACUAAAUGGAAACAACGCUGAUGAAAGGGGUUGCAGUCUGACCUUCGAUGCUCUGGAGCCUGAUGUUGUCGCUAAGGAGCGUUCGGACUGUCGGGACAUCCUUCCUCCUGGACUGCCUACGGCCCAGUCCCUGUCCUCUGCCUCCCAGCAGGGUGUGGAGGUGGGGUUGUACCACCAGGGGGCAGCAGUAACACUGGGAGUCUAUGGAGGCCAGGAGAACCACAACUACACAGUGGUGACAGAGGGCCCGGCCUACAAGGCCCAGGCAGGGGAAAUGGGUACAUCCCUACCCAGCCCAGGAGCAGGCCUGAUGGGGGCGUACACAGGAACAGCACCUGUUUCUGGAGUGGAUGGCGUGCAGCUCUCUCUCAGCCAAUCACACGCUCCACUCAUCACUAUGGCAACCACACAGGCCAAUCAGCGGUCCCCGGACGUGUCCACGUACCAAUACGAGGAGAGUUCUGGCUACUACUACGACCCCUCUACGGGACUCUACUAUGACCCUAACUCACAGUACUACUAUAACGGGGUCACUCUGCAGUAUAUGUACUGGGACGGAGAGAAACAAACCUACGUUCCAGCUCCUGCCCAAUCAACAGCUGAGGCUGCCGUUGCCCCCGGCAAGGAGAAGAAGGACAAGCCCAAAAAUAAGACAGCCCAACAGAUAGCGAAGGACAUGGAGCGUUGGGCUAAGAGUCUGAACAGACAGAAGGAGAACGUUCGCUCUCUCUCCUCUUCCUCCUCUUCCUGCUCCACCACCCCUGUGACCUCUAUGGCUCCUCCCCCUGGUUACGCCCGGGUGCCUGGACACGGUCGCCUUGACGAUCGCAGAGAGUCCGCCAGCGCAGACGCCGGUUAUGCUGUCCUGGAGAAGAAGGGGGCGUUGUCUGAAAGACCUCAGAUCAUCCUGGACCAGCUCAGACACACAGACAGAGAGCGCUCUCCACCUCAGGUGCAGGGUUUGGUUCCGGCCUACAGCGGCGAGACGGACAGCGAGGGAGAGGAGGGAGGAGAGAAGGACGAGAGGAUGACAGACUGGGCUAAGCUAGCCUGUCUGCUGUGUAGGAGACAGUUCCCCAGCAAGGAGGCUCUCAUACGACACCAACAGCUCUCAGAGCUACACAAGCAAAACCUGGAGCAGCGGAGGUCACAGCAAGAGGGGGGUAUAGGGGCGGGGGUGGGGGCGGGGGGCGGGGGUGGGGGAGAGGAAAGACAAAGGAGGGCCGUCCACAGAGCCACCAGAACCCAAGAAGAGGAAGUACAGCCCCCUUGAUGGAACGGCUGGCAGUAGUCUAGGUGCCAGGAUGCUGCAGGGAGGGGUGAAGAAAGGACUGCUGCUACGUAACAUGCAAGUGGACUGACCCCUGACCUUUAAACCCAACCUCUAACCCCAGACAUUCAACCAUCGCACAGGACUAAGCUCCCUAGGUACAGAUCUAGGAUCAGCUUCCCCUCCCCCAAUCCUAACCUUAACCCUUUACACUCGUACUCGUAUCCAUCCGGGUUGAAAAUGGCAGAUUUGGGCACCAAUAAAUACCUAAAUUGGAACGUAAUGCUCAUCACAGCGAUGUAUGAGUUUUGACUGACAGACAUUCUGAACUUGAGAACCUCACGCAACGUAAAGCUGACCAGAUGACUUGUCGUCAUACCCUGGGUUGUUCUGAACAGAAUGAGACUAUGUUUGAUGUAGUUACCAGAUGACUUGUCGUCAUACCCUGGGUUGUUCUGAACAGAAUGAGACUAUGUUUGAUGUACAGUUACCAGAUGACUUGUCGUCAUACCCUGGGUUGUUCUGAACAGAAUGAGACUAUGUUUGAUGUAGUUACCAGAUGACUUGUCGUCAUACCCUGGGUUGUUCUGAACAGAAUGAGACUAUGUUUGAUGUACAGUUACCAGAUGACUUGUCGUCAUACCCUGGGUUGUUCUGAACAGAAUGAGACUAUGUUUGAUGUAGUUACCAGAUGACUUGUCGUCAUACCCUGGGUUGUUCUGAACAGAAUGAGACUAUGUUUGAUGUACAGUUACCAGAUGACUUGUCGUCAUACCCUGGGUUGUUCUGAACAGAAUGAGACUAUGUUUGAUGUAGUUACCAGAUGACUUGUCGUCAUACCCUGGGUUGUUCUGAACAGAAUGAGACUAUGUUUGAUGUACAGUUACCAGAUGACUUGUCGUCAUACCCUGGGUUGUUCUGAACAGAAUGAGACUAUGUUUGAUGUAGUUACCAGAUGACUUGUCGUCAUACCCUGGGUUGUUCUGAACAGAAUGAGACUAUGUUUGAUGUACAGUUACCAGAUGACUUGUCGUCAUACCCUGGGUUGUUCUGAACAGAAUGAGACUAUGUUUGAUGUAGUUACCAGAUGACUUGUCGUCAUACCCUGGGUUGUUCUGAACAGAAUGAGACUAUGUUUGAUGUAGUUACCAGAUGACUUGUUGUCAUACCCUGGGUUGUUCUGAACAGAAUGAGACUAUGUUUGAUGUACAGUUACCAGAUGACUUGUCGUCAUACCCUGGGUUGUUCUGAACAGAAUGAGACUAUGUUUGAUGUAGUUACCAGAUGACUUGUCGUCAUACCCUGGGUUGUUCUGAACAGAAUGAGACUAUGUUUGAUGUACAGUUACCAGAUGACUUGUCGUCAUACCCUGGAUUGUUCUGAACAGAAUGAGACAAUGUUUGAUGUAGUUACCAGAUGACUUGUCGUCAUACCCUGGGUUGUUCUGAACAGAAUGAGACUAUGUUAGCCUCUGCACACACACCUGAAUACGGUCAUCACCCCUUUCUCUGCACGCCAACAUCAUGGUCUGUUUCUCUGAAUUGCCUUGUGAAAGCCUAACACUGUAAUAUCAUAUUUUAUAUCUUAGCUAGUCAUGUUGGCAACAGAACAGGCUUUUAAAUGAUGCCCACCUGACCCAGAUUGCUAUUUAUAAUGACCGUGUUUAGUUUGCCUAAACAACAGCAGUAAAUGUGUGAUGACGAGGAGGAAGGGCCUUCCUCUAGUUCCUCAACGGUCCAGCUAGGAGAGCUCAAAAAAGCACCUUAUAGCUGAAGACUUCUUUAAGUCAGAAAGGUGCAUUGAAAUUACUUAGGAACUAUGCACAGUUUGGAGAGGUGUGGCCACUUGGAGACACCAGUCAGACCUCUCACUCAAACCCCACAGUUUGGAGAGGUCU